GCCAGCGUAACUCUUCCCUCCGUCGGCCGUACAGUAAGGCAUGGCUGGUCGAGCAGAUGACUGGAAGGAAAAGGGCAACAUACUCUGUGGGGAACUGCAAUAUGCAGAGGCAAAAGAUAUGUAUGAUAAAGCUCUCCAGGCAGCACGGGAGGACGGCUCUGACUCUAGUCUCUACACCAUUUAUGGAAACUUGGCCCAUGUACACCUCAAACUGCGCAAUUACAAGGAGUGCGAGAAGUAUGCCCGCCUGGCGAUCCAACAGAAACCCGACUGGUUUAAGGGGUACUACCGGGCGGCCAUGGCGGCCAAGAACCUGGGCCGUCCGGAGGACGCCUUGGCGCUUAUCAACAAGGGCAUCAAAAACUGCGUCGAGAACGAUGACCUCAAGAAGCUGAAAGACGUGCUGCUGGAGGAGCAGAAGGCCAAGAAGAAGGUCAAGCCGCCGCCGCCGCCGCUGCUUCAGCCCGAGAGUGCUGGCGACUCGCCCAAGCGUGUCGCAAGGCUUGGGCCCGCCGCCAAGCCCGAGCCCACCGCCAAGCCCGGGCCCACCGCCAAGCCCGGGCCCGCCGCCAAGCCCGGGCCCGCCGCCAAGCCCGAGCCCACCGCCAAGCCCGGGCCCACCGUUAAGUCCGGGCCCGCUGCCAAGCCCGGGCCCACCGUUAAGUCCGGGCCCGCUGCCAAGCCCGGGCCCGAUGCCACCACCAACACUGCCGUCACCGCCACCGGUACCACUGCCAGCACCAGCAGCAAGCAGGAAGGGCUGUGGGACGGCAUCCUGGCCGCGACCUCAGCCAGCGUUGGGGGCAAACAGACGGCCGCCGCUGGCGCCGCCGCCGCUGCAGAACGCCCGGACUGCCCGCGCCAGGAGCUGUGCGCUACAGUGCGGCGCGGAUCACACCACCUGCGUGAUGGCGCCGCUCGGCAGGCCUUGGAUGAGUACCGGCGUGCGUUGCAGCUGGUCGACAAGCACAACCAGAAAGUGGCGCCCACCGUGGCAGAGCUCAUCUCGCUCAGGUACUGCUACGCCAUGGCGUGCCACGAAGUGUCAACGCUGGACGCGCUCGUCUCGGCCGAGGAGCAGCUGCUCACGCUCAUCGAAAAGGCAGACAAACCCAUGCCGGCCGCCUUCUACCUGCUGGGCAAGGUCUACCUCAGGCUCAACUGGUUUGAGCCGGCGGCGGACGUGCUGCGCAAGGGCGCCGGGCUGCUGGAGCGCGGCGCGCGCGGCGAGACGCACGUGUUCCCGGGCACGUCCGAGCUCAUCCCGGCGACAGAGCGGGCGUGGAGCGGCGCCCUGCGGGCAGACCUGAGCGAGCUGCUGCGUCAUUGUCAGUACCCGCCACCGCCGGACGGCGUCUGCCGCCUGCAGCACUGCCUGAACCGCAUCCUCGUGCCGGACGUUAACAACGCCCACGAACGACAGCAGCACAUGCGCCGCGCCAUCUACUACAGUGAUGUCGACUUCGCUGGCUUCAUGAAGGUGGAGUGUGAUGAUGAGGCCCGAUGUCGGCUGGAGUACCACGUGGCCUGCUGGCGACAGCUCAAGGACGGGUUCGGCUCGGAGACGCAGCGCACUGCAGACAAGGAUCUGCUGCACAAGCCGUGUCCCACGCCCGACUGUGACGGCUCCAUCUGCCGCAUUGUCACGGUCGGCGCCAACGCGCUGGAGAAGCACGAGAUCGUCAGCGACGAAUACCGCCAGCGACAGGACCCGCGUCUCAUGCAACGACAGCCGGCCAAGCAGCAGAAGCGACCUGCACAGCAGGCGCAGAAGAAGCACCAGGGUGCCAAGGCGCGUAAGCACAGGGACAAUGUGCGCGAGCGCGAGGAGAGCGGCGAGGCAAAGGGGGCGGAGCCGGGGGCCGCCGCCGCUGCCGCCGCCGCCGCAACCGCCGCGGAGCCGGAGCCAGAGCCGGGCCCAGAGCCGGGUCCAGAGCAGGAGACAGCGCCGGCGCCCCACCUGCGCGAGAUGACGGUGCUGCGGCGCGGUAGCCCAUUGGACGAGGCUCCGGUGUCAAAAAAAUCCAGAAAGAAGAAGAGGGCCGCCUCCAGUCGCCGUCGUGCGGUUGAGAUGUUCUGGGAGCAGCCGGGAGACUCGGCUCCGUACAACGGCCCCCCAGACAACGUCAUCUACACCACGGACGGGGACGGCCUGGCGGCACGGCUGCGCCAACUGGAGGAGCUGCGUAUGCUGCAGUUCAGCACGCGCGCCCUCAUACCGGACUCGUCGGUGCAGCCGGCGUCGGUACCGCGAGACGAGCAGACCAGUGAGGAGGAGCACGCCAUACUGGAGAGCGCCUACCAGUACCUGUACGAGUACCUGAAUGAGCGCGGCCCGACGCUUCUGACCGACUCGGACCUGCUGGCGGCCACCAGUCAGCUGUCAGGCACCUGCCAGCAGCUGAUCGUCCAGUACGGCUCGCUCGAGAACUUUCUGCUGCGGCUGCCGCGCUUCUACCAGCUGGACGGCCUGCUGUGCACAGAGGUGGACGUGACCUCGGCUGAGACCAUGCUCCGCUCCACCAUCUCCGAGCUGUUCGCUCUGGAGGAGACGGACGGUCCGGCGGCGGGGCCGGGACGAGAGGAAGGCGCCGAGCGGCCGCCGCCGCCGCCAGACGAGCUCUCGGACGCCGAGACGGCCGAGCUGGACCCGGAUGACUUCGCCGACGCCGAGGACUUCACCGAUCCGGACACCGAGCUGGACUUGGAUCCGAACACGGGGCAGGACGAAGAGGAGGAGGAGGAGGAGGAGGAGGAGGAGGCUGGUGAGGCCGAGGAGCUUGACCCUGACGAGCCGUUAGCUAGUCAGCUGGAGCCAAAGGGAUCCGAACAGCCGACGUCAGAUGGAGCUGGCCGGCUGGAGCCAGAGGGAUCCGAACAGCUUGAGUCGGGGGGAGCUGGUCAGCCGGAGUCAGAGAGAUCCGAACAGCUGGAGUCUGAUGGAGCUGGUCAGCCGGAGCCAGAGAGAUCCGAACAGCUGGAGUCUGAUGGAGCUGGUCAGGUGGAGCCAGAGGGAUCCGAACAACUGGAGUCUGAGAGAGCUGGUCAGGUGGAGCCAGAGAGAUCCGAACAGUUGGAGUCUGGUGGAGCUGGUCAGGUGGAGCCAGAGGGAUCCGAACAGCUGACGUCUGAUGGAGCUGGUCAGCUGGAGCCAGAGGGAUCCGAACAGCUGGAGUCUGACAGAGCUGGUCAGGUGGAGCCAGAGGGAUCCGAACAGCUGGAGUCUGACAGAGCUGGCCAGGUGGAGCCGGAGUGGACCGACUGUGAGGCUGACAGAGCUGGUCAGGUGGAGCCGGAGUGGACCGACUGCGAGGCUGACGGUCGGGCGGCCGCGGUAGGGGAGCAAGAAGCCACAUCGCUUCCGACCACCGGUCAGCCGGUGGAGCCGGAUAGCGGGAGUAUUGGCUCGCGCCGGGACGGCGACGACGGCUCGCGCGGCGACGGCGCCUGGACCAGGGACCCCGAGCCAAGUGUCACCGAUCUGGAGGGCCCGCUGAGCCGGACGGAGCCGAUGACACCGGGACCGGCCGAGGAGAUCCAGCUGCUACGCCAACAGGUGGAAGCUCUCACGACUGAGAAGGCGGCGCGCACCGAUGAGCUGGCCGAGGCCAGGAUCUCUCAGCUACGCCUGGAGCGCACCGUACGCCAACUGACGCGCGUGGGCCAGCGCGGCGCCGCCGGGGCCGGUGUCCUGCCGCCAGAGACGCAGCAGCAGCAGCUGAUCGAGACCAAGCAACUGCUGGCCGAGUGGCAGGGCCGGGCGGCCGAGGCACGGCAGCAGCUGAAGGCGACCGAGGAGCAGGGCGAGCAGGCGCGGCGGCAGCUGGCCGAGACGCAACAGCAUCUGGCCGACUGCCAGCGGCAGCUGUCGGACGGGCGGCGGCUGCUGUCCGAGCGGCAGCAGCGGCUCGACAUCUGCGCGCAGCAGCUGGCGGAUACGCAGCAGCAGCUGCUGGACACCAGGCAGCACGUGGCCGUGCAGGAGCAGCAGCUGGAUGAGUUGUCGAAACAGGUUGAGACGGCGCUGGCCGAAGGACGCAAGGCGCGCGUUGGCCACGUCAACGUAUUCAGCAAGGCCGGCAAUGAGCGGCUGGACAGCACCAUCAGGCGGUGCCGGGAGGCGGCCAGUAGCGCGCGGCGCGUGGCCGAGGCGCGUGGCCGGCCGGACGCGGCGCUCGCCGACGUUCAGCGCCUGGAGACGGCCAUCAUCAGCCUGGAGCGGACGCGCGUCCAGUUUAAGGAAACCAUCAACAAGGCGUGUAAGGCAAUUAGUUCAAAAGAAAACUUUGCGCUAGGUUCCCUGAAGCUGCCGGACGUUUCAGAAGCAGAUAAAGUCAUCGCCAGCCUGACGGGAGCGGGCGCCGCGCCGGCCGCCGCCGCUCCGCAGCGUCCCAGCCAGCCCAGCCCUGUGCUGACGCGUCCCAGCCAGCCCAGCCCUGUGCUGACGGUGUCGAGCGGCAGCGGCAGCGACAACGCUGUGCCGCGGCGGCCGUGA